AAGCGCACAUUCCUAUUGUCCAAGAUGGCGGCAUCAGUGCAGCUCCUUGGAUGUUUUUAAACCAGUUUCUGCUUUUAUUCCUUUAAUCUGGUUUAUGAGCGAACAUCCAGCCUCCGGACGGGUCGCCGCUCUUCCCCGCAGCUCCAGCCUGCCGCCGUAUUUCCGCUAACGCUCCUGGAAGCCGCUCCCGGGCCGGAUUCCCGUCGCAGGCACCGAAAAGUUUGAGCUCCAUCACCGUGUGAGGAUGAAGAGGCAGGCCGGGAGGGAGAGCAGUCCAUCCAGGGCCGGCGCCAAGCGGCUCCGGGAGCGGGACCGGGAGAGUGCGCGGAGAGAGGAGCUGCCGCCGCCGCCGCUGGCUCUGCUGCUGGCGGAGAGCCGCGGAUAUCACCGCCGGAGCCGCAGCCGGGAGCGAGAGAAGCCGCGGCUGAGGGAGGAGCGGGCGGCCGCCUUAGAGCUCCACCACCGGCAUGAGCUCAGCCUCCUCGGCCGCCCGCCGCUCCGGACCACCGCGGCCGAGCUCCCCGCCGCCAGGCCGGGCACGCUGGAGUACAAGACCCUGCUGAUCAGCAACCUGGGCUCGCAGGUGUCGGACGAGGACGUGGAGGACGCGCUGUUCCACGAGUUCAAGAAGUUCGGGGACGUCAGUGUGAAGCUGUCCCACACCCCGGAGCUCGGCCGGAUCGCCUACGUCAAUUUCCGGCACCCGGAGGACGCCAAGGAGGCCCGGCACGCCAAGUCCUCCAGGUUAGUGCUCGGUGACCGGCAGCUCAAAAUAGAACCGAUGUACGUGAGGAGGCGAAGCGUGACCCCGCCGGACGUCGGUUAUCUGCCCGUGCACGCCCCCUACCCCUACCGGCAGCGCUCCCUGUCCCCGCCCGGCCCGGGGGUCAGCAACAUCCGGGACCUGCGGGCCCGGCACUAUGCCCUGGAGACCCUGGGACUGAGCCGGGAGCGGGAGCGGCUGCUGGACUACUACGGCAUGCUGGACGAGAGGGGGCGGCCCUACGGCUUCCCCCCCAUGCCGGUGGUGGAGGAUCUGAAGCCGGAGGACGACCAGAGGGCGACCAGCAACCUGUUCAUCGGAAACCUGGACGGGAACGUGACGGAGGCCGAGCUGAGGAGGGGGUUCGACAAGUACGGCAUCAUAGAGGACGUGGUGAUCAAGAGGCCGGCCCGGGGCCAGGGGGGCGCCUACGCUUUUGUGAAGUUUCAGAACCUGGACAUGGCCCACCGGGCCAAGGUGGCCAUGCAGGGGCGUCUGAUCGGGGGGAACCCCAUAAAGAUCGGCUAUGGGAAGGCCAACCCCACCACCCGGCUCUGGGUGGGGGGGCUCGGACCCGGGAACUCUCUGGCUGCUCUGGCCCGAGAGUUCGACCGGUUCGGGAGCAUCAGGAACAUAGACUACGUGAAGGGGGACAGCUUCGCCUACAUCCAGUAUGAGAGUCUGGACGCCGCUCAGGCCGCCUGCACCCAGAUGAGGGGCUUCCCUCUGGGGGGUCCGGAGCGCCGGCUCAGGGUCGACUUCGCCAAGGUGGAGGAGAGCCCCUCCCGUCCCUUCCCCCCCGGGUACCAGCCUCCCGUGGCCCUCCCCUCCCACUACGACCUCCUGGGGGAGGCCUUCAGCCGCCACCGCAGCCUGGAGAGGGAGCUGAGGGCCCGGGACCGCUCCUCACCCCCCUCCCACAGCCUCCUCACCCAGAGAGAGAGGGAGAGGGCUCUGCUGGACAGAGACUACCCCAGCAGCCCCACCCGCAGCCUGGAGAGGAGGGCCGGGGUGGAGGCGUUCGGGAGGAGCAGCCGGACGGUGAGGAGCCGCAGCCGGAGCAGGGAGAGGUGGCUGAAGGAGCGGGAGGAGAGGAGGAGCCGGAGGAGGAGCCGCAGCCGGAGUCUGUCCCCUGACAGACCCAUGGAUGACCGGGAGAAGGAGAGGGGGAGGUCGAGGCUCCGAGGUCCAGGAGGGGCCGUUUCUCCGGACGCCAGCCCAGACCGAGCUCGUGUUCGGGCCCCAGACUCCACCACGGAGCCCCGGGACCACUCCCCCGACAGCGGCGGGGGGCGACACCCCGCCGCCAAUGAAGACGACGCUCCGCCCGGCCGCCACCACAGCAAGAGGUCCGGCGACCACCUAAACAACCACCACCACCGGGGUAGCGAGGUGGUCCCUGCUGGUUCCCCCCCCGUCCACACCGACUCCCACACCUCCUCCUCCCCCGGCUCGCUGUCCGAGUUCGCCCAGACGUCGCUGCCCAAGACGUGGCACGGCUUCUUCGCCCUGAAGAACAGCAGCUUCCCCACAGACCUGUACCUGCUGGAGGGGGGGGCGUCCUUCUUCAGUGCCGUGAUGAAGGAGAGCCUCCGCCUGCAGAACCAGAACCAGCUGAAGAUCGCCCAGCGGCUCCGAAUGGACCAGACCCGGCUGGACGAGGUGUCCCGCCGCAUCAAGCUGGGUCGCCCCGACGGCUUCGCCAUCAUGCUGGCGCUGCAGGGGCCCGUCGACCGGCAGGCCCCGGCCCCCGAGCCGGGCCUGCAGGUCCGCCUGCUGCGCCACCUGGUGACGUAUCUGCGGAACAAAGAGGCGGCCGGCGUGGUGAGCCUCCCCGCCGCCAAGGAGGGCGGUCCGGGGGCGAUGCUGUACGCCUUCCCGCCCGGGGAGUUCUCCCAGCAGUACCUGCAGAACGCCAAGAGGACGGUGGGGAACCUGGAGGAGGAGCACAUGGUGGUCGUCAUCGUCGGCGACACUAACUGACCCAAAUACUCGAAUACUUCUAGGGCUGCGACUCGCGAUGAAGUGUCCAAGCGCGAUGCGUCAUCAAAGGCGUAAGUGAGCUCCGAACAUGGACGGACAUCCGCACUGUAUGUAAAUUAUUAUUAAUUAACCGUUGAUCACAUCUGAGUCACUGACAUCUCGUAAUUUGAACCGAGGAAUGCAUAAAUUUUAGUUUUUUACAGAGUCCAGUUAGAAAAUAUGGUUUAUUUUUGGCAGAUUUUUAAAUGAGACACGUGGAGAAAAUUACCAGAGCUAUACGUCACAUUUAGACCAACUUACAGCUGAAAAUCUGCUGUUAAAUUGGCAUCAUUUUGGGUUAUUUUUUAUCUAAACUGUCUGUUUUGGAUUCAGACGGUUAAUUAUCUCCAGGAACAUGUUAAAUUUAAUUAAAUUCACUUUAAUGUGUUUGUGAGAUCAAAACUGGAGCUAGUUUUUCCCAGCAGACGAUGCAAACAAAAAAUAAACACCAGGGAGUUAAAAAGAGCUGCGAACAAUUAUUAUUUUCAUUCUCCAUAAACCUGAUUAUCUCUCUUAUUAAUAAUUUAAAACAUAAAUCUGUCUAUUCCUUUAUUCUGGAGCCCAAAGUGAUGCUUUAAUUGUUUUUUUUUGUCUGACAAACACUGAAAAACCUCCAAAAUGUUUACUUUACUGCAACAAUAAUCAGAUUUUUAUCUGUUUUGAUAUUUGAUUGGUUGAAAAAAGCCUCUAAAGUUUCUGAUUUUAGCUUUUAAAAGUUAGAUGUUCCCAAUUUUGUUCCUCUACUGUGACAGUGAACUGAUUUUCUUUGCGUUUAAAGGCGUCAUGUUGGGAUUUGAGAAACACUAAUUGAUAUUUUUCAGCAUUUUCUCACAUUUUAUUGAGCAAGAAACUAUUAACCCUCCUGUUGUACUCAUUUACAGGCACCAAAUAACAUUGUUUCCUUGUCUGAACAAAAUCAAAAAAUUCAGCAAAAAUUCCCCAAAUUUCUGAAAAUUUGCAAAACCUUCAGGAACAAAAUUCCAAUAAUUCCUUAAAAGUUUUGCUUAAAAGUUUAUUAUAAAAAAUCUCCCUAAUUUGGCAAGAAAUUCUUGUAAAUAUUUCAAGAAAUGAGUAAAAAUCUUCCAAAAAAUGAGUAAAAAUAUCUAAAGUGAUUCCAUAUAUAUCAGUAAAACUUCUGAUAUUUUCUUUAAGAACAUUCACAUAAAAAUCAACCAAAAUCC